AUGGCUCAAAGCCCUCACUUCUCCAUCAUCAACCACAACUCCUCCUCCUCUGAUCCUCUCCUCACCCACAACCCCCACGAGCUCAUUCCUCUCCUGGAGCUGGAAUCCUUCGGUGAAGACCCCAAAAACAAUAUCCAAGAUAUCCCUUCUCCAAGGAUCCUCAGCACCCACCUCAAUCUCCUCAACCUGCCGGACUCCGUCCUGAGCUCCGGCUGCCGGGUCCUCUACAUUGCCCGCAACCCCAUUUACACGCUCUUCUCUGGGACUGUUCCGGGCGGUUCGUAUUUUGAUCAUGUUCUGGAGUACUGGAAGGAGAAAGAGAAGGAGAGUCUGCUGUUUUUGACGUACGAGGAGCUGAAGGAGGACCCGGAAAAGCAUGUGAAGAGGCUUGCAGAGUUCUUGGGACGUUCGCUGGCUUCAUCUGAGAUCAAGGAGAUUGUGAAGAAGAGCAGUUAUCAGAGGCUCCGAAACUUGGAUGUGAAUCAGAAUGGAUCAGAAAAGGUUCACUGGAGUGGAAUUGGGUUUGGGUCUUUUUUCAGGCAGGGAGUUGUUGGAGAUUGGAAGAACCAUUUGAGUCCAGAGAUGGUGCAACGGCUUGACCGGAUUGCGAGCCAGAAGUUUGAGGGAAGUGGUUUAGAGUUAAAAUCCAUUGUUAGAUCUUCAUGA